AUGAGCAAUAGCACGGACCACAUCUCCCUCUAUGACUACGCGUCUGGUGCUGCCGCUGCUCCUGCUGCCACAGCCGAGCUUAGUGUACGUUCACAGUGGCAGACUCGUGACGCUGCAGCUCGCCUGGCUAUUCGCAGUCACCUGCCGUUAGCUGAGCUAGAGCACUUUGGCGACUGCAAAACCGCUAAGGCCCUAUAUGACGCUGUCGUUGCUCGCUACUCCUCACCUGCCACAGCCGAGCUUAGCCGUCUCAUGCGGUCUUACCUGUUCCCUGACCUGUCCACCUUUGCUACAGUCGCCGAUCUUAUCACUCACCUUCGCACUAGUGAUGCUCGCCUGCGUGCCGCCCUUCCCACCGAGUUCUGCGCUAAGAACCCCCCUCCCCUGUACUGGACACUCCACUUCAUAGUCACCCGUCUCCCUGACACCCUCAGCUCAGUGCGCGACUAUUUCCUUGCUCGCUGUCCCACUGAGCUCACUGUCGCCCUCCUAGAGGAGAAGCUGCUAGCAGCCGAGAAGAGCAUUGUGGCUGUUGGUGCUGCUCGCGGCGCUCCUCGCACCCCCAUCUUUGAGGGGUGCUCUCCCUCUCCCCUCGCUCCCUCCUAUGCUACUGCUGCUGCUGUUGACUUCCUUGGUGCUGAGUCUGCUGGCGCUGCUUCUGCUCCUGGUGGGAGGCGCCGCACCGGCAAGGGCAAGGGGGGCAAGGGUGGCGGGGGUGGCGCUCGGGGGGAAGGGGGUGGGGGAGGUGGGGGGGGAGGCGGUGCUGGAGGGAGCGGUGGCGGGAGUGCCGGUGGGAGUGGGGCCGGCGGCGGAGGCGGGGGCGGCGGCGGGAGCAGUGGCGGUGGUGGCAGCGGCGGCGGUGGCGGCGGUGGCGGUAGUGGCGGUGGCGGUGGCGGUGGUGGCGGUCGGAGCGGAGGUAGUGGCGGCGGUGGAGGUCGGAGUGGAGGCACCGGCUCGGGCCAGAGCUCCCAGCAGCAGCAGCGUCCCCAGUCGACCCAGCAGCUUCGUGAGUGGCUUGCUCAGCGUGGGACGUCGGGGGGCAGUGGCCGCUGUUCCUAUGUCAUUCGCACAGGUGAUCGCAAGGGGCAGACGUGUGGAAAGUUCCACACUCAGUACCGCUGCUUCUUCCGCCUUGACGACGCUUGGCGUGAGGAGAUGGGCGAGGAUGUUGAGCGCCCUCGCUGGGCUGAGCUGAUGAGGGCUGGUGUUGAUAUCUUUGCUCUUGACUAUGAUGCUAUUAUUGCUGCCAUGUAUGCAUUGACUGUUAGUGCCGAGGGAGACUGUUACUUGUGUGUGCCGCCUGACCCAGGUAUAGAGCCCGCUGCCCUAGGUGCUAGUGAGUCUGCUCUCUCUGGUAUGGUGCCCCCUGUACCUGCUCCCUCCAGUGCUGUCCCGGCUGUUUGCGAGUCUGCUCUCUCAGGUACAGCACCCACAGAGACUGCUCUCUCAGGUACCGCACCGGCUGAGGCCUGUCACACCUUCACCCUUGACUCAGUCCUUGCCCAGUCCACCACUGUGCUCCCUUGUCCGGCGGUUCCGUCUGGCUCGUUGACGUGUUUUCACCUCCCCUCGUUCUCGACGAACCUGACUCUUCUCUGGCACCACCGCCUGGGUCACCCCUCCUUGCCACGCCUUCGUGGCAUGCACCGUCGCCACCUUGUGUCUGGUCUUCCCAGGUCCCUCCCUCCCCUCCCUGCCUCGCCUGCGCCGCCUUGCCUUCCUUGCGUCGAGGGGCGGCAGCGCGCCGCUCCUCACUCCUCCUCGUUCCCCCCGACAGAGGCUCCUCUGCAGACCCUCCACCUGGACGUGUGGGGCCCAGCCCGCGUUCGUGGUCAGGGCGGUGAGCGGUACUUUUUGCUGGUUGUCGACGACUACUCGCGUUACACCACGGUCUUCCCCUUGCGCACCAAGGGUGAGGUCCCUGCUGUUUUGAUCCCUUGGAUCCGCACGGUUCGUCUCCAGCUCCGCCGCCGUUUCCGGACGGAUCUUCCUGUCCUGCGUCUGCACUCUGACAGAGGUGGUGAGUUUUCCUCCGAUCUCCUGAGGACCUUCUGUCAGGCGGAGGGCAUUGAGCAGACCUUCACGCUUCCGGACUCCCCACAGCAGAAUGGGGUUGCUGAGCGCCGCAUUGGCCUGGUCAUGGAGGUCGCUCGUACCUCCUUGGUCCACGCGGCGGCUCCCCAUUUUCUGUGGCCGUUUGCUGUCCGGUACGCCGUGCAUCAGCUCAACCUCUGGCCCCGUGUCUCCUUGCCGGAGACCUCGCCCACACUGCGUUGGACGGGGAGGUUGGCGAUGCGUCGCGCUUCCGGGUGUGGGGUGCUCGUGCCCUUGUCCGCGAUACGUCUGCGGACAAGCUCUCCUCCCGCACGCUUCCCUGUGUCUUCCUUGGCUUUGUCCCUGACGCGCCUGGCUGGCAGUUUUACCACCCCACCUCGCGCCGGGUCUUCGCCUCUCAGGAUGUCACCUUUGACGAGUCGGUCCCUUUUUACCGUCUCUUCCCCUACCGCACUGCCCCCCUCCCCCCCCACCGCUUUUCCUUGCUCCUGGGUCCCCUUCCCCCUUCCCCCUCAGGGUCCUGCUCCUUCAGGUGUCUCUCAGGUAGACCCUCCUCCCGUCGCUGAGCCUGUCGAGGUCACAGGUGACUCAGGUGCUGCUGCAGGUGGUACUGCUGGGAGUGCUGAGCCUGGGGGUGCUGAGCCUGCGGGUGCUGGGCCUGGGAGUGCUGGGACUGCGGGUGCUGGAGCUGAGGGGGGUGCUGAGCCUGCGUGUGCGGAGUCUGGGGGUGCUGAGUCUGGGGGUGCUGAGCCUGCGGGUACUGAGCCUGGGGGUGCUGCUGCUGAGCCUACGGAGCCUCGGGUUGCUGCGUCUGGGGGUGCUCCGGUUCGGGGUGCUGAGCAGUCUCUCACACCGCAGCAGCUUCGUGACUGGUACGUCCGGCGCUUCCGCCGUCCUCGUGGCUCGGCUGGAGUUGGGGGUGCUGGAGCUGCUCGUCCUGGGGGUACUGGAGCUGGGGACUCUGGCGCUGGCGGUGCUAGCGGAGUUGGAGCUGCCGCCUCUGGGGGUACUCUUCCUAGCGGUGCUGCGGACCCUGGGGGUGGCGCUGCUGCUGGUGCUGCGGACCCACCUGGUGGAGCUGCUGCUGGAGCUGAGGACCCGAGCGGUGGCGCUGCUGCUGGUGCUGGGGACCCGGACGUUGGAGCUCCUGCUGGUACUGAGGACCCGGCCGCUGGAGUCUCUUCUGCUUCUGGAGACGCUGCGCGGCCGCGACCGUACUUCGUACCGCUCCUUCAGCAGGUUCUUGGGCAGGCUCCUCCUCCUUGUCCUCCUCCCUCUGUAGAGUGUCCUCCGCCUGUCCAGCCGCAGUCACAGUUACCGCCUGCCUCGCCUCUCCCUGCUCCCUCUCCUUAUACUGGUCCCACAGGAGGUCUUACAGAGCGUCGUGAGCCUGAGUCUCGUCCUGCGUCGCCUGUCCGUACUGCUCGCACUGGUAGUCGUGUCCGUCGUGAGCGUCCUCCUCCUGUCCCAGGCACUCACUACAUGACUCUGCGUCCCUCUACUGCUCCUCAGCGUGUCCCUCUGCCGUCUCCUCCUGCGUCCUCUUUGCCUGCCAUUCCGGACCCUGAGUCUGACCGGUAUCGUGCUGAGCACCCUACUGUCACGCGUCUCCUCGCUACUGUUGUCACUGACCCUACCUUUGAGUCCUCGGCUGCGUCUGCUCUGGUCGCUGAGUUGGUUGACUUUGCUGCUGCCUGUCGUCUAGACUACGCUGCUCGCCUUGUUGCUGGGUCUGAGUCUGCGUCUGUCUGUCCUCCGUCCGUCGGGGGUGAGUGUGCUCUUGGCACGGACGUCCUUGAGGACAGGCAGGAGGACUUUGACUCUCUCGCGGCUGCUGUACCUCAUCUCGUGGCCUGGUUGCUUGCCCCUGAGGGAGACCCGGAUGCACUAGACAUCCCCACUCCGCGCACUUACGCAGAGGCGAUCUCGGGUCCCUACUCCUCUCAGUGGCAGACAGCCAUGGACGCAGAGAUGGCAUCGUGGAAGUCCACAGGCACCUACGUCGACGAGGUUCCCCCUCCUGGGGCGAACAUCGUCGAUGGCAUGUGGAUUUUCAGGGUGAAGCGGCCGCCGGGUUCUCCGUCUGUCUUCAAGGCUCGUUACGUUGCUAGAGGCUUCAGUCAGCGUCAGGGGGUCGACUUCUUCCAGACCUUCUCCCCCACCCCGAAGAUGACCACUCUUCGGGUUCUGCUGCACGUUGCUGCUCAGCGUGACUACGAGCUUCACUCUCUUGACUUCAGCACAGCGUUCCUGCAGGGCAGCCUGCACGAGGAGAUCUGGCUGCGCCGCCCACCUGGCUUUACUGGGUCGUUUCCUCCUGGUACCCAGUGGAGCCUCCGCCGGCCAGUCUACGGUCUCCGCCAGGCGCCACGCGAGUGGCACGACACACUGAGGACUACACUUGCGGCUCUUGGGUUCGCGCCGUCUACUGCUGACCCGUCGCUGUUUCUGCGCACAGACACGUCGCUGCCGCCGUUCUACAUUCUCGUGUACGUCGACGACUUGGUCUUUGCUACUGCUGACACUGAGGCACUCGCUCGUGUGAAGUCGGAGCUGCAGAAGAGACACACCUGCACUGACCUGGGUGAGCUGCGUAGCUACCUUGGCUUGCAGAUCACCCGGGACAGAGCUCGCCGCACCAUCACCCUGACUCAGUCACACAUGGUGCAGCAGGUCCUUCAGCGCUUCGGCUUCCAGUUCUCCUCACCACAGGCCACACCUCUGGCUACCAGCCACUCGCUCUCAGCUCCACCUCCGGACGAGUCCGUAGAGCCGAGUGGCCCGUACCCAGAGCUUGUGGGCUGCCUCAUGUACCUGAUGACUUGCACGCGACCUGACCUCGCGUACCCUCUUAGCAUCCUUGCUCGUUACGUUGCGCCUGGGAGACACAGGCGAGAGCACUGGGAGGCUGCUAAGAGGGUGCUGCGCUAUUUGUGCAGUACAUCAGGCAUGGGGCUGGUGCUUGGAGGACGCGACAGAGUUGUCCUCAUUGUCCACUCGGACGCUUCUUGGGUGGACGACCUGGCUACGCAGCGGUCGUCACAGGGUUACACCUUCAGCCUUGGCUCUGGUUCUGUCUCGUGGCGGUCCACCCGCUCUUCCUCUGUUCUCGGCUCUAGUUGUGAGGCUGAGAUCUACGCCACAGCCAUGGCUGCACAGGAGUUACGCUGGCUCACCUACCUGCUGACUGACUUGGGAGAGCGGCCUAGUUCUCCUCCAGUUCUGUACGGUGACAACAAGGCGGCUCUUGCCUUGUGUCAGGAGCACAGACUGGAGCACAGGACGAAGCACAUUGCUCUUCGCUACUUUCUUGCUCGAGAGCUUCAGCAGCGCGGUCAGCUUCGGCUUGUGUACGUGGACUCGAAGGCCAACACUGCUGAUAUCUUCACCAAGGCGCUCCCGCCUAGUGAUCAUCAGCGGCACUGUACUUCUUUAGGCCUUGUGUCCACGUUUCCUCACUUGCUCACUGCUUGA